AUGUCAAGGCAGCAGAAGGGUAACUGGUGCUGCGUGGAGUGUAAGAGCAAGCAGCCAAAAACGGGUAACAUUAAUACGCCUAUACGGGAGCUUAAACACACCUCCGUAUCGGAGACCCGCGCGGGUAUACAGAGCACCGGUAAUGAAAAUGUCACUUUUCGUAAAACAAUUACCCGAGUACCUUCUGGCUCUGUGACAACUGAUUCGGACAAUAAUGAAGUGAACACGACGGAGAAAUGGGACCACUUCGCUGGUACUAUAACUGAGCGAGUGCUAAAUGCUAUCAAAAUCGAGCUACCUUCAAUGUUGACUUCGGUACUCCAACAAGAGCUUUCUUCUAUUAAAUCUGAGAUACAAGAUUUUCGUACUUCAAUGGCAUUUUAUAAUACAGCAUAUGAGGAAAUGAAGGCUACGACAGAGAGUUUACAAUCAGAAUGUGCAAAGUUGAAAAAUGAUAAUAACCAAUUAAGAUCAACAGUAACAGAUUUAUCGUCGCGUCUUAAUAACAUUGAACAGAACUUGAGGGAGAAUAAUUUGGAGUUACAUGGCGUGUCUGAACAUCGCAGCGAAAAUCUUUUAAACUUGAUGGAGCAGUGUGCUAAGGUGGUUGGAUAUAAAUUAGUGGAGAAGGAAAUUGCUCACUGUACUAGAGUUGCAAAACAAAAUAAAGACAACAAAAGUCCGCGUACUAUUAUUGUUAAGUUUAAUGACAUCAAAAGUCGUGAUGCUUUUUAUUCUGCUGUAUAUCGGUAUAAUAAAACCAAUCCCACUGACAAGCUGAACACUGCACACUUAGGAAUGGCAGGCGACAAAAGACCAGUCUAUGUAUCGGAGCAUCUAUCGCCUAGCAAUAAGAUUCUGCAUAUGGCUGCGAGGAAGAAAGCCAAAGAACAAAACUACCAGUUUGUUUGGGUUCGAAAUGGUCGUAUCUAUGCACGAAAAAACCCGGAUUCGUCAUACAUUCUGAUAAAGAGCAUUGACAGUUUGGACCUUUUACGUUAA